AUGAAGGUUAAAUCAUUUACCAUCAUUUGUAUCUUUCUGUUCCGAUCAGCUGAAUCACAAGUCAUGCGACCGCCCGUAUUGGUAAAUAAUAAUAUUUAUUUACGUCCAAACUCGUUCAUGAACCGUCCCACGGGAGCAUUGAACCCUGGCCAGGAUAUAAAUAGAAAGAAUUGGAUAUCGAGUCUCCCUUAUCACUUCCCUUACAACCGGUUCAACGAAAGAAUAACCCCCUAUAAUUCCGCACUCAUACAACAAAUAAAUAAUGAAAUGAUAAACAGAUUGAUAGCCAUAAGGUAUAGGCCAUACAUGUCUGAUUUGCAAGCGGAUAUUCGAGAUAAAAUUAUUUUAAAUGAAACAGAUAUGUCUAAUCCAGAUAAAUGUUUGAAAAAUCAAAAUGUAUCUGAAAAAGCAGAAGGAACACAAAGACCGUUUAAAGUGUAUCCAAAUCUACAAAGCAUUGCAACAACGGAAACCCAAGAUUCAUUUCCGAUAAACCAAACAAUACGUUAUGAAAAAGUCUACCCCCCCACAAAUUCUCAUAAUGAAAUUUUCCACAACGAAGAAGCCACGCCUGUUGACGUCCAGGAAAGUCCUACAAACGAAAACAAUAGUGAAGAUAUCGAUAUCAGAGGAGGUUUUAAUUAA